AUGUCUACAGCAACCGCCCCACCAAUUCUGGAUUUCUCGCCCUUUUACGGUGUAGACAGUGAAGCGAAAGCAAAGCUGGUCGAGGAAGUUCGCAAGUGCUGCCACUACAAUGGAUUCUUCCAGAUCACUGGCCACAAGGUACCGCUCGGGCUGCAGCGUCGUGUGAUGGAAUGCUCAAAGCGGUUCUUCACUCUGCCAUUGGAGGAGAAGAUGCAGAUUGACAAGAAUAUAAACACGUUCAACCGCGGCUAUGAGCUCCUUCGAUCGCAAAUGCUCGAAGUCGGCACCGGGCCUGAGCUCAAGGAGGGCUUAUAUAUCGGGGAGGAGAUUCCGGAAGACCACCCAUACUUCUUGCAGAAGAAAUUGAACAGUGGGCCGAACCAAUGGCCUCCGACGGUGGCCGAUAAGGAGGAGUUCCAGAAGACCACCAUGGAAUACUACCACGCGGUAUUCGAUCUGGCAAAGGAUGUGCUGAGCGUAGUUGCUCUGACGCUGGGAGUGGACUCAAGCUACUUCGACCCUCUCACGGCUGGGGCAGUUGCGACAAUGCGCAUGCUGCAUUAUCCCGCGCAGCCCAAGGACGAGGACGAAAAGCUGAACCGCGGUAUUGGCGCACACACGGACUUUGGCUGUGUGACACUUCUUCUGCAAGACGAGGUAGACGGCUUGCAAGUGCUAGACGCUCCUUCUGGGCAAUGGCUUGACGUCAAACCGACAUCUGGUGCAUAUGUAGUGAACCUGGGAGAUCUAUUCAUGCGCAUGGCCAACGAUAAGUACAAGUCCAACACGCAUCGCGUCAUCAAUAAGUCAGGUCGGGAGAGGUAUUCUAUUCCCUUUUUUUUCAGUGGAAACCCUGAUUAUCUCUGCGAGUGUUUGCCGAACUGUCGGGCAGAGGGAGAGGCUGCGAAGUACGCGCCGAUUACUGUUCAGGAUAUGGUGACAUCGGCUUAUAAAGAGAGCUAUGGUAGAGCAGAGAAGUACAAGAAGCAGUUGGAGCAGAAGCAAUCGGCUCUGACGCCUGCUGUUGCUGUUGCUGCUGUUGGCGCGUAA